AAAUAGUUUGGCAAGAGAGGGUGUCGCUUCUUGAAAACGAACCGUGUCUCUCGCGGUUACCUGAGGGGUUGGAAUCGACAAGAGCGCAUCUUGAAAGCCUCUCUCUUUUCGGUUAACAGCGUCGGCAGAGGUCUUUCCCUGAUUACCUAGAGAACCGCUGCUGCUAUUACAGGGCCCAGAUGUUACACCUCUGAUCUGUGUUUUAGGCUAGGUUAGUCCUCCUGCGGUUGAGGAGCAUUGCAGUUUGAAUAGGAGCAGUCAGUAAUUUGAGGUAAUGGUACAGAAAGCGGAAACGGUUUUUCUCCUGUAGGAAAAUCGCUGCUAUUGAGCCUCUUCGUACAACAGAGCUCUUAUAUUUAACUGGGCUUCUUUAGACUCUUCUCUAGUGAGGUUAUGCAGGCAGAUCUGUUCUGUUCAUAUCGUCCAUUAAAAUAGUUAUUUGUCAGCCGCUUUCCACUUUGUUGUACAGAUAGAAUUCCUUUCCAAAAUGGCAACUGUUGCAUGUACUUUUUCUUUGAAAAAUUAAGUGUUAUGCAAAUGUAUGCCAGUGUGUUUGUAUUAACGAGAAUUAGAAUGCUUAUAUUUCAGGUACAAAUUGAAUAAAUAUAACCAAAGCAAAUUAAAAUAGUAUCACUAACACAUACUUAAAUUUGGUUAUUAAAAUACUUGUCCAACAUAAAUUGUUUGCAUUAGUUUUAAAUAUAAUUGGUAAAAAAUUGAAUAAUUGCUAGUAAGGCAUGUCCUCAAAUACAUUUAUAUGGUGCAAAAAUUACAAGGUUUUGUAUAUUUGUUUCCGUACAAAUAAAGCUUUAAUUGGUUAACAUUUUUUAAAAAAUCGAUAUUGUUAAACAUGAAUUAAAAAAGAUAGUUUUCACAGGUUUGUUGAACAUUGAAAGCAGCGAUGCUUCUAGGGAAAAAUUGCUUCAGAAUCUAGACAACAAUGCGGAAGAGAUCUUAUCCUAUAUGUUUUGUGCAUCAGUUAGUGAUAAGGGAGGGAAUCCUUUGUAUGUUGGGAACUAAAUGGCUCUAAUGGAAGCUGCUGAACUUUUAGAAGAUCUUGGGUUUAAAAUAUAAAGACCUUUAAAGUUAAUAUUUUGAAUUGAGUUUAAAAACAAAUUGGAAGUCAAUGGAAGAAAAAUAAACAAAAUAUACUCCCAGGAGCUGAAUCAACUGAAGUUGCUGAAGAGAUUUUAGAAAUUCUUCAGAAUUUGCUAUCUGGUGUCUGUUGGAACAAAAUGUGGGGACAUCCUCAUUCAGCUAAUAGAAUGGGUCCUUUCCGUGGGAGCCAAGAAGAAAGAUUUGCUCCCGGGUGGAACAGGGAUUACUCUCCUCCCCUUGAUAGUCUUGCUCAAGAAAGACACUCUGGCAACUUCUCUGGCAGAGAAUCACUUCCUUUUGAUAUCCAGGGACUCCCAGGCAUCCUCAAUCCUCAGUUUGCGAACAGAGAGGAAUCUACUUUCAGCUUUGGAGGUAGAGAUGGAUCACGUAGUGACUUCAGAGGUGGGGAGGGUCAUAUGCAUGAUUUUGGAAGCAGAGAUUACUCGCCUUCAGAUUUUCAAAGUAGGGAUGAUUCACAGUUGGACUUCAGAGCUAGGGUACCACUCCUUUCAGACUUUAGAGGUAGGGAGAUGUAUCCUGGAAAUUUUCAGGAUAGAGAAGGCCAGGUUGUGGAGUAUAGUGGAGAUGUUCCUCCUAUGGAUUAUAGAAAUAGGGAUACAUUCCGAAUGAACUAUAGAGAUAGGGAAGCUCACACAAUGAACUAUAGAGGCAGAGAUGAUACUUCAUCAGAUUGUCGUGCUAGGGGAACAUCUGAUUUGGAUUUCCGAAAUAGAGACGGAUCACACCCACACUUUAGAACAAGAGACAUGCCUGAACAAGAUUAUAGGGACAGAGAGCAACCAUAUUCAGACUUCAGGAAAAGAGAUGUACCUGAUACAGAUCUGAGAAAUAUGGGUGCGGCUGAUUCAGACUUCAGAGACAGAGAUGUACCUCACUCUAAUUUCAGAAAUAGGCCAAAACCUCAGGCUGAUCAGGAUUUUAGGGGUAGGGAUGCCCCACCACCGCUGGAUUUUGCAGAAAGGGAGAGACCCUCAGCAGACUCAAAUGUUGUAGACUUCCAUCACAGUCAAACUACAGCACAAUUAGCAGAUAGAGAAUGCAAGAUAGAAGAGACUGUAGUCGUUAGAGACAGGUCUUCAUUGAGUAUUCAGAAUGAGGAGUUGCCACAUUCAGGUUCAAGAGCCAGAGAAGAAGAAAAACCCCAAGAACAAAAUCCUAAGACUGAAUCUUCUCUAGAGUUCCAAAAUAGUCGCAAUUCUCUUCCCAAUCUUCCGGACCAACAUAAGCCUCAUCAAGGCUUUGUUAGCAAUCAGGAGAAUUCUGCAAAAGAAGAAGAGCAAGUAGCUGAAUUGCCUGGACUAAAAGAAAAAAGUGAUCUGGAUUUCCUUGGAAGGCAGGAUACAGACUACAGGGGCAUUGAGUAUCGAGAUGUAGAUCAUCGUCUUCCAGGAUGUCGGGUCUUUGACUAUGAACAUGGCAAAUCUUUUGCUGAUGGGAAGUCUUGUAAAGAUUCUCAACCAGAUCUUCAGGACCAGGACUAUAGAACCUGUCUCAAAGAUACCAAGCCAAGCAAGUUGAUUCGACUAGGAAGAAUGCCUGAAACUGCUACAAAAGAUGAUAUUCUCAAUGCUUUCCAAGCAUGUGGUGGAACACCAGUGAAAAACUUACGUCUCAAAGAUUAUAGCACAGGUUACAACUAUGGCUAUAUCUGCGUGGAGUUUUCCCUCUUGGAAGAGGCCAUCGCCUGCAUGGAAGCCAACCAGGGACAUCUUAUGAUUGGUGGUAAACAGGUCACACUUGAAUAUAGUCCAUACCCUGAAUUUUGGUAUUGCAAGCGUUGUAAAGCACGCACAGUAGGGUUUCGUUCAGAAGGGUAUAGUUCAUCUUGUUUCUUCUGUAAACUACCAAGAGAUGUAACAGAAGAAAAACUUGAAAAGGGGGAGGAAGAGUUGGUCCCUGAGGAUCCGAGCCCAAAGGGAGAAUCUGUUGAAGAACCUGCUCCACCCCAAGAGCUGCCGCCUCAGAAGCCGGAUUCUGAGCUGCAAUGUCCGCCUCAAGAAUUUAAACCCAAGAAGAAGGAUAAAAACAGAGAAGAGUGGCUCACACAAGAAAAGAAGAAGGACCUUGAAAUGUAUCCACCCCGAAAAGAAAACCAAAACCGUAGUUCAAGGAGAGAUGCUGUGGAAAAUAAACGUCAGGAGGAUGAGAGUAAAACAAUUAUGUUAAAACGCAUUCCUCGCUUCACUCCACCGGAAGUGAUUGUAGGACUUCUAGCACCAUAUGUCCGUCUCUCUACUUCAAGUGUGAGGGUAAUGAAGAACAAAGCUGGUCGGAUGGGCUACACCUAUGGUUUCAUUGAACUCGACUCUCAUGCUGAGGCACGCCGGUUAGUGAAAGUUUUACAAGACUUAGAUCCACCAAUCAGCAUUGAUGGCCGUGCUGUGGAUGUAAACCUAGCUACAGGAAAGAGGAGAAAUGAAUAUGGAGACCAAGGUGAUGUUUCUCGUUUCAACCAGGGCAAACGAGGCAUGACUGACAGAAGGGGCUCUGAUACACAGAAACGAAAAUCAGAGUAGAGAAAUACCAAUGGGUCGAGAAGCAUCACCACCACCAUCUAGUAUGAGGCAUUAUAAAAGCCAAGAAAGGACAAGUGAAAGAGAUGAGCCAUCUAGUAGAGAUAAUAGAGAGAGAAGAGAAAGACACAGAAAUAAAUCAGCCAAGAAUGAGCAUCAAGAGGACAAAUUUUCUGCAGAAGACGUCUUUAAAAAGCCACUACCUCCAAUAUUGAAAAAAGAAGAAAGUACUCCUCCACCAAAGGUGGUGAAUCCUCUGAUAGAGCUUUUGGGAGAAUAUGGUGGAGAUAGUGACAACGAGGAAGAAGAGGACGAAGAGCCACAGCCACAGCCAUCACGGCCAGUAGUCCAGCAAGAGGAAAGGCCCCAAAAGGUUGAAAGCGAUGAAGAUAAACUGACGGACUGGAAUAAAUUAGCAUGUUUACUUUGCCGGAGGCAGUUUCCAAAUAAAGAGGUUCUGAUUAAACAUCAACAACUAUCCAAUCUUCACAAACAAAACUUAGAGAUUCACUGGAAAAUAAAACGAUCAGAGCAAGAACUGGCAUAUUUGGAGAAGCGAGAACGAGAGGGAAAAUUUAAAGAAAAGGGAAAUGAUCGAAGAGAGAGAUUUGAUGAACGAGAAUCUCCAGAGAGAAAACGGCCAAAAUACUUCAGAAAUUCUGACAGCGAGUAUAAGACCACAGACAAAGGAAGAAUGGAGACCAAUAACAAAGGAAGCCGAAUGAUGCAGGCUAUGGGCUGGAAGGAAGGCUCGGGGCUAGGGCGCAAUGAACAAGGCAUGACCUCACCAGUAGAGGCAGAAAAUCGGAAGAAGGGAGCAGGCUUAGGAACACAAGGAAGGCCCAAUAGAAGGCAAUCUAAUGAAACAUAUCGAGAUGCAGUGCGGAGAGUCAUGUUUGCCCGCUACAAGGAACUUGAAUAAAUGUGGAAAGAAAUCACACCAAACAUCUUGUAUCUUCCAGUCCCUUCUUUGUGUUCUUUUUGUAAUAUUUUUCUUUUUUGCUGCUGAAGUGUGUUUUGUUGUUUGUUUUUGAAAUAAAACAGA